CUCUGAGCUGUCGGCACAGAGCCCGACGCGGGGCUCGAACUCGUCUAUCGCGACAUCCUGACCAGAGAGGAAGUCUGGUGCUCAAUCGACCGAGUGACUCAGGUGCCCCCGCAGAGGUGUUUUUAAAGCUUAAAACCCCAGCAAGGGAGAAAUUUCAGUUGGUAUGGGUUACCCAGUGAUCGGUUGACUCUUUUGCUCAGUAUUGUGAGACGAGGGUAACUUUCCGGUGUUCAAACCUCGGAAUGUUUAUCAUGAUUCCAAGAGGUGGCUGCUCCUCGAGGAACUCCACAAAAUGGUGGCUGUCGCAAGAUGGAGUCAGGGUUGUCAACCCUUCCGUGACCCCUUUUCUUCUUUGGCGUGAACCAGCACACGCAUCUUUUGAAGACACUACAAUAUAAGCCAAUUCCUAACGUGCGUCUGAGACUUGACACUCCCGCUGCGCGGACAGAUCCCUUCGCGGCGGAGGGCGAUUCGGCCACGCCCAGACAACUAACUGCACUUUCGAUACUCUUUCAACUUAAGUGUUCAAUUUAGUAGUUUCUAUCUUCGUGCAAAACAAUCAGAAAAAUGGAAAGCUCAUUCUCUUCGGGGAUGAUGUACAGUCGACUCUCAAUACACGUGGACUAAGUUUUUUGGGGGAAAAAAAAAAAAAAUCACUGCCCGUGGCGAAUCUGCUUCUUCGAAUAUAAAGCUCCGCUCAGACGGGCGAGAGGAAUCUACCGGCGCUUCGAGUCUGGUGCUAACUUCGGUGGGAAGGGAGUCUCACGCCUUUCUGAGAACAUGAACGAUUGGAUGCCCAUUGCCAAGGAGUAUGACCCGCUCAAAGCUGGCAGCAUUGACGGCACCGAUGAGGACCCACACGACCGCGCCGUCUGGAGGGCAAUGUUGGCACGGUACACCCCCAACAAAGGGGUCAUGGGAGACCCCCUCCUCACCCUGUUUGUGGCAAGAUUGAACUUGCAGACCAAAGAGGAGAAGUUAAAGGAAGUAUUUUCCCGCUACGGGGACAUCCGGCGGCUUCGGCUGGUGAGGGACUUGGUCACGGGCUUUUCGAAGGGCUAUGCCUUCAUCGAAUACAAAGAGGAGCGUUCUCUGAUCAAAGCUUACCGAGACGCAGACGGCCUGGUUAUCGACCAGCACGAGAUAUUUGUGGACUACGAACUGGAAAGGACCCUCAAAGGGUGGAUCCCUCGGCGCCUUGGGGGAGGCCUGGGGGGGAAAAAGGAAUCCGGGCAACUGAGAUUUGGGGGGCGUGAUCGGCCUUUUCGAAAACCCAUUAAUUUGCCGGUUGUUAAAAACGACCAGUACAGAGAGCUAAAAAGGGAAAAGCGGGAGCGAUCUCGGUCCCGAGAAAGACACUGGGACUCUCGGACAAGGGAUCGAGACCACGACCGUGGCCGGGAGAAGAGAUGGCAGGAGAGAGAGCCCAGGGUGUGGCCAGAAAGUGACUGGGAGAGAGAGAGGGACUUCAGAGAUGACAGAGCCAAGGGGAGGGAGAAGAGGGACCGAAGUAAGUAGAGGCCCACCA